UUUUUUAAAUUCAUCGAGUGUUUAAUUGUAUUCGUAUUAUAUUGAUAAUGUUGGUGUUUCAAAUAGUUAAAGCACGAAAUAUCUUGUGGUUUUUCGUAGAACGCUUAAGAACAUAAGACUUUUAGGUCUCCAACGUAUCGGUGUGUCGUCAAACCUGUGUUGUUGUUCAUUCUUUUAUAAAUGGCUGUUAUUUUAAAUUAUUGCUUUACUUGUGAAACUGCUUCAACAACAGCAACGAAUUUAUUCUCAGAAUUGAUGCGUAAACCGAAUUCGCCAGCCUUAUUGGAUAUCCAAAUGCAUGAAAAUGAACCGCACGAAGAAGUCAGCAAAAGUACGGAAACAAUACAAACCGGCGUGGAAGAAGAGAAAACGUGUAAAAAAAGAUCAUUGAGAAAAUUACCGCCAACCAGGCGGUGUAGUUCCUCCUCUAGUAAUAGUAGUGAUAGUAGUUGUAGUUCCACAUCAAAAAGUACUUACACCGAUCGUUCAGAAUCGGAUAAAUCAUCAACCACAAACACUAGUGAUAAUUCUCAACGAACCACAAACAGAAAGAAAUUACCACCCGCCUUGCCUUCAAUAGAAUCGCAGCGUACACUACCUGCCGCAGUGGAGAAUCCGGAUGUUAUUUGUAAAGAAACCACUCCGCCACCACCCUCACCUGUUGAAGUUCCAUUGGAUCCACGUGUUUGGAAAGCCGAGCACAUAGCCGGCUGGGUUAAAUGGAUGACUAAACAGUUUAAAAUUGAACCAGAACCGGAUAUUGCACGUUUUCCCACCACCGGAACUGAGCUUUGCACACUCAGUCGAGCCGAAUUUUGGGUAUGUGCGGGAUCGCGUGAGGGUGGCAUUUUGUUUGCAAAACAUUUCGCUUUAACCCUGCACAGUGCAACGGGCAGAGAAACGAGUCCCAUGCUAAAUGACAACGAACCAAACCCAUACCAACUUUUAAAUGCCGCUUCACAUCGAUUGGUUGUUCAUGGUUCAGGGCAGAUACAAUUGUGGCAAUUUUUGCUCGAACUGCUUGGUGAUUCGUCGAAAAGUAAUUGCAUAUCAUGGGAAGGCACCAAUGGAGAGUUUAAAUUAAUCGACCCCGAUAUGGUGGCCAAACUGUGGGGAGAGCGCAAAGCGAAACCAAAUAUGAACUAUGAUAAACUUAGUAGAGCUUUACGUUACUAUUACGAUAAAAACAUAAUGACCAAAGUCCAUGGCAAACGUUAUGCAUAUAAAUUUGACUUUCAUGGCCUAAUGGCAGCUUGCCAGGCUCAGGCUCAAGGAUGUGAUCCUACCACCAGCAUGGGCAUGUUAAAUCCCUACAAAGUUCCUCCACAUCAUCAUGCUCAUCACCAUCAACACCAUCACUAUGCCACACAGCACCAUAACUUACACCAUUCUCACCAUCAUCAUCCAUCCGCCACUCUGCACUCGGAACACAUUUCGCCAUCGUCGUCGGCCUCCAGUUUAAGUUUUCUAUCGCCAUCAACAGCAUCAAUACCGUCGCCAAUAGCAGAAGCUAUACCAACAUCCUCUAGUAUGAUAAGUUCAUCUCCGCUCUUAAUAACAGGAUCUCAACAAGCCAAUCUAAUGACCACAACACUGGCGCCCUCAACGUCGUCAUCUUCAGCAGGGAUAGUAACAUCAACACCAUCAACCACGAUGAGCACAACGUCGACCAGAAACUCAUAUUGGCCCUACGGCGGUGGCACAAACUAUGAAUGAAGACCUCCCUCGGAUGCAUUUAAUUAAAUAAUUAAACAGAAAUUUGUUAUUUUUACAAGCCAUCUUAUCUUAGCCAUAUUUAGGCAAACAAUAGAAAGUUAAUCAACUAUAAAAUGUUGCCAUUACUACCAUUAUAAUAUUCUCAACAUGUCCGGUAUCCAAAUACUCCCACACACACACACACACACACAGUAAUUUGUAUGAUGCCACCCAUGGUGUAAUGUUUACGGUCCUUUUUAUGUGUGAUACAAAUUAAUUCUCUGUAAUUAUAUGGGCAUUAUUAGACCCUUGUAAUUCCUGUGAAAAUCAUUGUCUUCCUUUUACGAACAAAAAGGGGAGACAAACAUCCAUUUUACAUUUCAUUUAGGAACUGUAUGGUUGUACAUAUGUAUGUAUGCAAACUAAAUUAUAGCACAUAGUAUUAAAUUAAUAAUAUUUAUCUAAGUUUAUAAAUUAGAAUUACAGUAAUAUACAUAUGCACAUAUGUAUGUAUUUAUUGUCUAGUUAAUUAUUAUUUAAAUAAGAUUAUUAAAUAUUUAAAUAUUUAUUACACCAAACAAUUACAGAACAAAUCAAUAAAGAAAAUAUUUAAUAUGAAA